AGCAGCCACACAGAAAAAAAAGGUUUAAAUCAACUCAGUGCAGAGGAAGGAGGGCGAGAGGAGGGGUCAAAAACGCCCUGGAAAUCUUGUCGACCAAGAAAUAGGAAAAGAGUGACAGACUCCUGACACACUACGAAGUGGUGACAGUGUGAAAGUGCUCUUCUUGGGCUGGGGAGAAGGGGAGAAGACACAUUUUCAAGGAUGCUCAAGUGGGUCUGAGGCUUCUUGGGCGCAAAGAUUGCGCACAGAAGUCAAGAAGUCAAGAGCAGGAGCAGUUAACUGAAGCCCUUGGUUUUGCUUGAGCAAUCCAAGGAAAACAAUAACAGCAUUUCCAUCAUACCAAGGCUGAAAUAAAAAAAAAACAAAACAAGAUGGCUGACGAGGAGGACACCAGGGAGGUGCUCUUUCCAGACUGGGAAGGUCCAGACAAAACUGGCUUAACCAUUGAACACUCAAGUGGUGGCGAGAUCUUUGUCAGAGAGGUAAAAGGAGAGUCACCUGCAGCACGGUCUGGAAAAGUAUAUGAAGGUGACCAGAUUGUGGGUGCAACUAUUUACUUUGAUAAUAUGAGCUCAGAAGAGACAGCUGAGCUACUGAAGACUUUGAACAAACACAAAGUUGGACUGAAACUACAAAACAAAGCAGACAAAUCCCCUUGCUACUCGCCCUUGAGCACACCAUGUCGUUCACCAAUGGGCACCCUCACGUGGGAAGGGAAGACCCACUUUGGAGGUUCUAGUCCAGAUAUCAUUCUUAGUGGGGAUGAUGAGGACUACAAGAGAAUAUACACAAAAAAGAUUAAACCAAGGCUGAAGUCUGAAGACCUUGCAGAGGGAGUGGAUGUUCGGACAGAGCGGCAUAGCAGCACAAGCAGUGACGGCAGCACAAUUACCACCAUCACUCGUCGUAUCACGACCUACACAGUUGAUAUGCCGGGUGGCAUAAGUGAGAAACUUGAAAUGUCAAGUCCAGACUUGAAGAGACUACGGCAUGACUCUGGAGAAGGCUCUCCUCAUAUCAGAAUUUUACAUGGCAGCCCUUCAAGUAAAGUGGGAGCAGAAGAGGGAGUCUUUGAGUCAGGAAAUGUAAGUUACACUGGGCCACAAGUCAGUUCUACAGAGACACACUGGGGAAGCAGGGGAGUUCAGACAACAGUCAUAAGAGAGGGAAAAGACAGAAAUACUGAUCUCAGAUUUAAAGGACUAAACUUUGGCGUAACAGGCCACAAAGACACAGACAUCUCAAGAGGGAGUGGAGAGCAAGGAGGGGAAAGCAUUCAGGUUUCUGAAACAAACAUGACAUUAAGAGACAGCACAAAUUCUGGUAAUAGGAAUGUAGCAUUAGGAGGGUUGGGAGGUGCAGAGAUUGAUGAAAAUGGAGCAUCCAUUAGUGUCUCUUUACUGGGAAAAAGCACGCAGAUUUCAGCUACAGCUUUGGAUAAAACACAAGUGGGAGGUUCUGACACCAGUUUAGAGAGGCCAAAAGCAAAGGUAUCUAAUAUUACCAUCAGUCACCCACAGAAAAAGGGAUCAGGUAGUACUGAUGUCAGACCUGCUGGAGUGUAUACAGAUGUUGAUACUAACACAAGAACACCAAUUAACAUAGGUAAUAUUACCUCAGGAUUAUCUUCAUCGCCAGGCAAUGUUUCAGUGACAGGUAUGGAUAUAAAUUUCACAAGUUCAAAGAUAAAACUUGAUGAUGUCAACUUGCCAUGUACAAAGGGAGUAAUGAAAGUAUCUGGAACAACCACUGAUGUUUCAGGAUAUGGAACUGAGGCAGUGAUGAGUGGCACGAAAAAGACAACAAUUACUAUGCCGUCAUUACAAAUGAAAGAUAUAGAAAAAACAAAGCUGGACAUCAGGGAGAAAGAUGUGCAAAUGAAAGGCCCAAGCUACAACACUGUAGAAACAGUUGUCAGUGUAAGAUCUGUAGAGGGUGAGAGUGACUUCAAAGUACCAAAAAAUGAAUGCAAAUACAAAAUGGAGGUUAAAGGUCCAUCUCUGUCUGGAGGACAUUUAGAUGUUAACCUGAAAAGUUCUAAGCUUGAUGAAAAUCAUGAUGAUACAGCAUCAAAGGAGAGUAAAACAGCACCACCAAAAGCAAACAUUAAAGGUACAGAAUUAAAUACUGAAACAAAAGAAGGGGAUUUUGAAAUUCUUAAAAUAAAGAUGCCCUCUUUUGGGUCCACAGGAUCAAAAGUGGAUACAAAAGUUGAGAUUAAAGCAAACAACUCACCAGUUGAAAGCAGUGGCAUGACAACAACAGGACCUGGGUUCAGUUUGCCAUCUGUGCCAGUUCCAAUGUUGAAGGAAGGAACACAAACAAAAAUAGGAUCCAAAGUGGACAGAGUAGAUGUAGAACGUGAUAAAUUCAAAAUCUCAUCAACAAAAUGUGACGAAGAUGUGAACUUAAAAAGUCCCAAACUCAAAGGUAAUGUGGAUGAAUCAGGUCCAAAAAUAGAGGGAGACUUUAAAAAAUCUGACAUUAAUGUCAAAAGUCAGGAAAUGGACAUUACAGGAAACAUGGGUGGAUUUGAAAUGCCAAAAAUAAAGAUGCCAUCACUGAACGUUAAAGGACCAACAGUGGAAGCUCCAGAUGUAGACAUCAAUAAUAAAGGGCCUAAAGUUGGAGGUAAUGUGGAUGUAAAAGCUCCAAAGACUCAAAAGAAUGAAGUUCCUAAAAUGCACAUUCAAGGAUCAGAUAUUGAAAAAGAGGGUCAAGAAGGAGGGAUUAAAAUGCUUAAAUUCAAGAUGCCAUCAUUUGGAAUGAAGGGUUCAGAAGGUGAUGUCAAUCUUCCUAAAACAAAUAUUGAUGUGGAAACACCUAAUGUCAACAUGAAAGGGUCAGAGGUUGAAAUUGAGGGCCCAAAUGGUAACUUCAAAGGACCCAAAUUCAACAUGCCAACAAUUUCAGGACCAAAAUUAUCCAUGCCAGAUGUGGAUUUUAACUUGAAAGGUCCCAAACUGAAAGGUGACAUGGAUGUGUCAGCACCAAAGAUAAAGGGAGACAUAAAAACACCAGAUCUUGACAUUAAGGGUCCAAAAGUUGACAUUGAAGGACCAAAGGGUGGAAUUGACAUGCCAAAAAUAAAGAUGCCAUCACUGAACAUUAAGGGUCCAAAAGUGGAGGCUCCAGAUGUGGACAUCAAACUAAAAGGACCUAAAGUAGAGGGGGAUGUGGAUGUAAAAGCUCCAAAGAUUGAAGGGAACAUUGAAGCACCUGAUGUUGACAUUAAAGGGCCAGAGGUUGACAAUGAGGGCCCAAAUGCCAAGUUAAAAGGACCCAAAUUCAACAUGCCAUCAAUUUCAGGGCCAAAAUUAUCCAUGCCAGAUGUGGAUUUCAACUUGAAAGGCCCCAAACUCAAAGGUGACAUGGAUGUGUCAGCUCCAAAGAUAAAGGGAGACAUAAAAACACCAAAUAUUGACAUUAAGGGUCCAAAAGUUGACAUUGAAGGACCCAAGGGUGGAAUUGACAUGCCAAAAAUGAAGAUGCCAUCAAUGAACAUUAAGGGUCCAAAAGUGGAGGCUUCAGAUGUGGACAUGAACCUAAAAGGACCUAAAGUUGAGGGGGAUGUGGAUGUAAAAGCUCCAAAGAUUGAAGGGAGCAUCGAAGGUCCUGAGUUGGAACUUGAAGGCCCAGAUAUAGACAUUGAGGGUCACAAAGGAGGAUUCAAAGUGCCCAAGUUCAAAAUGCCAUCAUUUGGAGUUAAAGGUCCAAAGCUUGAAGGUCCGGAAGUUGACAUCAACCUCCCUAAAGGAAAUAUUGAUGUCAAAGCACCUGAUGUUGACAUUAAAGGGCCAGAGGUUGACAGUGAGGGCCCAAAUGCCAAAUUAAAAGGACCCAAAUUCAACAUGCCAUCAAUUUCUGGACCAAAAUUAUCCAUGCCAGAUGUGGACUUCAACUUGAAAGGUCCCAAACUGAAAGGGGACAUGGAUGUGUCAGCUCCAAAGAUAAAAGGAGACAUAAAAACACCAGGUAUUGACAUCAAGGGUCCAAAAGUUGACACUGAAGGACCCAAGGGUGGAAUUGACAUGCCAAAAAUAAAGAUGCCAUCACUGAACAUUAGGGGUCCAACGGUGGAGGCUCCAGAUGUGGACAUCAACCUAAAAGGACCUAAAGUAGAGGGGGAUGUGGAUGUAAAAGCUCCAAAGAUCGAAGGGAGCAUUGAAGGUCCUGAGUUGGAACUUGAAGGCCCAGAUAUAGACAUUGAGGGUCACAAAGGAGGAUUCAAAAUGCCCAAGUUCAAAAUGCCAUCAUUUGGAGUUAAAGGUCCAAAGCAUGAAGGUCCAGAAGUUGACAUCAAUCUCCCUAAAGGAAAUAUUGAAGUCAAAGCACCUGGUGUUGACAUUAAAGGGCCAGAGGUUGACAGUGAGGGCGCAAAUGCCAAAAUAAGAGGACCCAAAUUCAACAUGCCAUCAAUUUCAGGUCCAAAAUUAUCGAUGCCAGAUGUGGACUUCAACUUGAAAGGUCCCAAACUCAAAGGUGACAUGGAUGUAUCAGCUCCAAAGAUAAAGGGAGACAUAAAAACACCAGAUAUUGACAUUAAGGGUCCAAAAGUUGACAUUGAAGGACCCAAGGGUGGAAUUGACAUGCCAAAAAUAAAGAUGCCAUCACUGAACAUUAAGGGUCCAAAAGUGGAGGCUCCAGAUGUGGACAUCAACCUAAAAGGUCCUACAGUUGAGGGGGAUGUGGAUGUAAAAGUGCCAAAGAUCGAAGGGAGCAUUGAAGGUCCUGAGUUGGAACUUGAAGGCUCAGAUAUAGACAUUGAGGGUCACAAAGGAGGAUUCAAAAUGCCCAAGUUCAAAAUGCCAUCAUUUGGAGUUAAAGGUCCAAAGCUUGAAGGUCCAGAAGUUGACAUCAAUCUCCCUAAAGGAAAUAUUGAAGUCAAAGCACCUGAUGUUGACAUUAAAGGGCCAGAGGUUGACAGUGAGGGCCCAAAUGCCAAAAUAAGAGGACCCAAAUUCAACAUGCCAUCAAUUUCAGGUCCAAAAUUAUCGAUGCCAGAUGUGGACUUCAACUUGAAAGGUCCCAAACUGAAAGGUGACAUGGAUGUGUCAGCUUCAAAGAUAAAGGGAGACAUAAAACCACCAGAUAUUGACAUUAAGGGUCCAAAAGUUGACAUUGAAGGACCCAAGGGUGGAAUUGACAUGCCAAAAAUAAAGAUGCCAUCACUGAACAUUAAGGGUCCAAAAGUGGAGGCUCCAGCUGUGGACAUCAAACUAAAAGGACCAAAAGUAGAGGGGGAUGUGGAUGUAAAAGCUCCAAAGAACGAAGGGAGCAUCGAAGGUCCUGAGUUGGAACUUGAAGGCCCAGAUAUAGACAUUGAGGGUCACAAAGGAGGAUUCAAAAUGCCCAAGUUAAAAAUGCCAUCAUUUGGAGUUAAAGGUCCAAAGCUUGAAGGUCCAGAAGUUGACAUGAACCUCCCUAAAGGAAAUAUUGAAGUCAAAGCACCUGAUGUUGAGAUUAAAGGGCCAGAGGUUGAUAUUGAGAGCUCAAGUGGCAAAUUCAAAGGACCCAAAUUCAACAUGCCAUCAAUUUCAGGUCCAAAAUUAUCGAUGCCAGAUGUGGACUUCAACUUGAAAGGUCCCAAACUCAAAGGUGACAUUGAUGUGUCAGCUCCAAUGAUAAAGGGAGACAUUAAAACACCAGAUCUUGACAUUAAGGGUCCAAAAGUUGACAUUGAAGGACCCAAGGGUGGAACUGACAUGCCAAAAAUAAAGAUGCCAUCACUGAACAUUAAGGGUCCAAAAGUGGAGGCUCCAGAUGUGGACAUCAACCUUAAAGGACCUAAAUUUGAAGGGGAUGUGGAUGUAAAAGCUCCAAAGAUCGAAGGGAGCAUUGAAGGUCCUGAGUUGGAACUUGAAGGCCCAGAUAUAGACAUUGAGGGUCACAAAGGAGGAUUCAAAAUGCCCAAGUUCAAAAUGCCAUCAUUUGGAGUUAAAGGACCAAAGCUUGAAGGUCCAGAAGUUGACAUGAACCUCCCUAAAGGAAAUAUUGAUGUCAAAGCACCUGAUGUUGACAUUAAAGGGCCAAAUGUUGAUAUUGAGAGCCCAAGUGGCAAAUUCAAAGGACCCAAAUUCAACAUGCCAUCAAUUUCAGGGCCAAAAUUAUCCAUGCCAGAUGUGGAUUUCAACUUGAAAGGCCCCAAACUGAAAGGUGACAUGGAUGUGUCAGCUCCAAAGAUAAAAGGAGACAUAAAAACACCAGAUCUUGACAUUAAGGGUCCAAAAGUUGACAUUGAAGGACCCAAGGGUGGAAUUGACAUGCCAAAAAUAAAGAUGCCAUCACUGAACAUUAAGGGUCCAAAAGUGGAGGCUCCAGAUGUGGACAUCAACCUAAAAGGACCUAAAUUUGAAGGGGAUGUGGAUGUAAAAGCUCCAAAGAUCGAAGGGAGCAUCGAAGGUCCUGAGUUGGAACUUGAAGGCCCAGAUAUAGACAUUGAGGGUCACAAAGGAGGAUUCAAAAUGCCCAAGUUCAAAAUGCCAUCAUUUGGAGUUAAAGGUCCAAAGCUUGAAGGUCCAGAAGUUGACAUGAACCUCCCUAAAGGAAAUAUUGAUGUCAAAGCACCUGAUGUUGACAUUAAAGGGCCAAAUGUUGAUAUUGAGAGCCCAAGUGGCAAAUUCAAAGGACCCAAAUUCAACAUGCCAUCAAUUUCAGGGCCAAAAUUAUCCAUGCCAGAUGUGGAUUUCAACUUGAAAGGCCCCAAACUGAAAGGUGACAUGGAUGUGUCAGCUCCAAAGAUAAAAGGAGACAUAAAAACACCAGAUCUUGACAUUAAGGGUCCAAAAGUUGACAUUGAAGGACCCAAGGGUGGAAUUGACAUGCCAAAAAUAAAGAUGCCAUCACUGAACAUUAAGGGUCCAAAAGUGGAGGCUCCAGAUGUGGACAUCAACCUAAAAGGACCUAAAUUUGAAGGGGAUGUGGAUGUAAAAGCUCCAAAGAUCGAAGGGAGCAUCGAAGGUCCUGAGUUGGAACUUGAAGGCCCAGAUAUAGACAUUGAGGGUCACAAAGGAGGAUUCAAAAUGCCCAAGUUCAAAAUGCCAUCAUUUGGAGUUAAAGGUCCAAAGCUUGAAGGUCCAGAAGUUGACAUGAACCUCCCUAAAGGAAAUAUUGAUGUCAAAGCACCUGAUGUUGACAUUAAAGGGCCAAAUGUUGAUAUUGAGAGCCCAAGUGGCAAAUUCAAAGGACCCAAAUUCAACAUGCCAUCAAUUUCAGGGCCAAAAUUAUCCAUGCCAGAUGUGGAUUUCAACUUGAAAGGACCCAAACUGAAAAGUGACAUGGAUGUGCCAGCUCCAAAGAUAAAGGGAGACAUAAAAACACCAGAUCUUGACAUCAAGGGUCCAAAAGUUGACAUUGAAGGACCAAAGGGUGGAAUUGAAAUGCCAAAAAUAAAGAUGCCAUCAAUGAACAUUAAGGGUCCAAAAGUGGAGGCUCCAGAUGUGGACAUCAACCUAAAAGGACCUAAAUUUGAAGGGGAUGUGGAUGUAAAACCUCCAAAGAUCGAAGGGAGCAUCGAAGGUCCUGAGUUGGAACUUGAAGGCCCAGAUAUAGACAUUGAGGGUCACAAAGGAGGAUUCAAAAUGCCCAAGUUCAAAAUGCCAUCAUUUGGAGUUAAAGGUCCAAAGCUUGAAGGUCCAGAAGUUGACAUGAACCUGCCUAAACGAAAUAUUGAUGUCAAAGCACCUGAUGUUGACAUUAAAGGGCCAAAGGUUGAUAUUGAGAGCCCAAGUGGCCAAUUCAAAGGCCCAAAAUUCAACAUGCCAUCAAUUUCAGGGCCAAAAUUAUCCAUGCCAGAUGUGGAUUUCAACUUGAAAGGGCCCAAACUGAAAGGUGACAUGGAUGUGUCAGCUCCAAAGAUAAAGGGAGACAUUAAAACACCAGAUCUUGACAUUAAGGGUCCAAAAGUUGACAUUGAAGGACCCAAGGGUGGAAUUGACAUGCCAAAAAUAAAGAUGCCAUCACUGAACAUUAAGGGUCCAAAAGUGGAGGCUCCAGAUGUGGACAUCAACCUUAAAGGACCUAAAUUUGAAGGGGAUAUGGAUGUAAAAGCUCCAAAGAUUGAAGGGAGCAUCGAAGGUCCUGAGUUGGAACUUGAAGGCCCAGAUAUAGACAUUGAGGGUCACAAAGGAGGAUUCAAAAUGCCCAAGUUCAAAAUGCCAUCAUUUGGAGUUAAAGGUCCAAAGCUUGAAGGCCCAGAAGUUGACAUCAACCUCCCUAAAGGAAAUAUUGAUGUCAAAGCACCUAAUGCUGACAUUAAAGGGCCAAAUGUUGAUAUUGAGAGCUCAAGUGGCAAAUUCAAAGGACCCAAAUUCAACAUGCCAUCAAUUUCAGGGCCAAAAUUAUCCAUGCCAGAUGUGGAUUUCAACUUGAAAGGGCCCAAACUGAAAGGUGACAUGGAUGUGUCAGCUCCAAAGAUAAAGGGAGACAUUAAAACACCAGAUCUUGACAUUAAGGGUCCAAAAGUUGACAUUGAAGGACCCAAGGGUGGAAUUGACAUGCCAAAAAUAAAGAUGCCAUCACUGAACAUUAAGGGUCCAAAAGUGGAGGCUCCAGAUGUGGACAUCAACCUUAAAGGACCUAAAUUUGAAGGGGAUGUGGAUGUAAAAGCUCCAAAGAUCGAAGGGAGCAUCGAAGGUCCUGAGUUGGAACUUGAAGGCCCAGAUAUAGACAUUGAGGGUCACAAAGGAGGAUUCAAAAUGCCCAAGUUCAAAAUGCCAUCAUUUGGAGUUAAAGGUCCAAAGCUUGAAGGUCCAGAAGUUGACAUGAACCUGCCUAAAGGAAAUAUUGAUGUCAAAGCACCUGAUGUUGACAUUAAAGGGCCAAAUGUUGAUAUUGAGAGCUCAAGUGGCAAAUUCAAAGGACCCAAAUUCAACAUGCCAUCAAUUUCAGGGCCAAAAUUAUCCAUGCCAGAUGUGGAUUUCAACUUGAAAGGGCCCAAACUGAAAGGUGACAUGGAUGUGUCAGCUCCAAAGAUAAAGGGAGACAUUAAAACACCAGAUCUUGACAUUAAGGGUCCAAAAGUUGACAUUGAAGGACCCAAGGGUGGAAUUGACAUGCCAAAAAUAAAGAUGCCAUCACUGAACAUUAAGGGUCCAAAAGUGGAGGCUCCAGAUGUGGACAUCAACCUUAAAGGACCUAAAUUUGAAGGGGAUGUGGAUGUAAAAGCUCCAAAGAUCGAAGGGAGCAUCGAAGGUCCUGAGUUGGAACUUGAAGGCCCAGAUAUAGACAUUGAGGGUCACAAAGGAGGAUUCAAAAUGCCCAAGUUCAAAAUGCCAUCAUUUGGAGUUAAAGGUCCAAAGCUUGAAGGUCCAGAAGUUGACAUGAACCUCCCUAAAGGAAAUAUUGAUGUCAAAGCACCUGAUGUUGACAUUAAAGGGCCAAAUGUUGAUAUUGAGAGCCCAAGUGGCAAAUUCAAAGGACCCAAAUUCAACAUGCCAUCAAUUUCAGGGCCAAAAUUAUCCAUGCCAGAUGUGGAUUUCAACUUGAAAGGCCCCAAACUGAAAGGUGACAUGGAUGUGUCAGCUCCAAAGAUAAAGGGAGACAUUAAAACACCAGAUCUUGACAUUAAGGGUCCCAAAGUUGACAUUGAAGGACCCAAGGGUGGAAUUGACAUGCCAAAAAUAAAGAUGCCAUCACUGAACAUUAAGGGUCCAAAAGUGGAGGCUCCAGAUGUGGACAUCAACCUUAAAGGACCUAAAUUUGAAGGGGACGUGGAUGUAAAAGCUCCAAAGAUCGAAGGGAGCAUCGAAGGUCCUGAGUUGGAACUUGAAGGCCCAGAUAUAGACAUUGAGGGUCACAAAGGAGGAUUCAAAAUGCCCAAGUUCAAAAUGCCAUCAUUUGGAGUUAAAGGUCCAAAGCUUGAAGGUCCAGAAGUUGACAUGAACCUGCCUAAACGAAAUAUUGAUGUCAAAGCACCUGAUGUUGACAUUAAAGGGCCAAAUGUUGAUAUUGAGAGCCCAAGUGGCAAAUUCAAAGGACCCAAAUUCAACAUGCCAUCAAUUUCAGGGCCAAAAUUAUCCAUGCCAGAUGUGGAUUUCAACUUGAAAGGCCCCAAACUGAAAGGUGACAUGGAUGUGUCAGCUCCAAAGAUAAAAGGAGACAUAAAAACACCAGAUCUUGACAUUAAGGGUCCCAAAGUUGACAUUGAAGGACCCAAGGGUGGAAUUGACAUGCCAAAAAUAAAGAUGCCAUCACUGAACAUUAAGGGUCCAAAAGUGGAGGCUCCAGAUGUGGACAUCAACCUAAAAGGACCUAAAUUUGAAGGGGAUGUGGAUGUAAAAGCUCCAAAGAUCGAAGGGAGCAUCGAAGGUCCUGAGUUGGAACUUGAAGGCCCAGAUAUAGACAUUGAGGGUCACAAAGGAGGAUUCAAAAUGCCCAAGUUCAAAAUGCCAUCAUUUGGAGUUAAAGGUCCAAAGCUUGAAGGUCCAGAAGUUGACAUGAACCUCCCUAAAGGAAAUAUUGAUGUCAAAGCACCUGAUGUUGACUUGAAAGGGCCAAAGGUUGACAUUGAGAGCCCAAGUGGCAAAUUCAAAGGCCCUAAAUUCAACAUGCCAUCAAUUUCAGGGCCAAAAUUAUCCAUGCCAGAUGUGGAUUUCAACUUGAAAGGCCCCAAACUGAAAGGUGACAUGGAUGUGUCAGCUCCAAAGAUAAAAGGAGACAUAAAAACACCAGAUCUUGACAUUAAGGGUCCAAAAGUUGACAUUGAAGGACCCAAGGGUGGAAUUGACAUGCCAAAAAUAAAGAUGCCAUCACUGAACAUUAAGGGUCCAAAAGUGGAGGCUCCAGAUGUGGACAUCAACCUAAAAGGACCUAAAUUUGAAGGGGAUGUGGAUGUAAAAGCUCCAAAGAUCGAAGGGAGCAUCGAAGGUCCUGAGUUGGAACUUGAAGGCCCAGAUAUAGACAUUGAGGGUCACAAAGGAGGAUUCAAAAUGCCCAAGUUCAAAAUGCCAUCAUUUGGAGUUAAAGGUCCAAAGCUUGAAGGUCCAGAAGUUGACAUGAACCUCCCUAAAGGAAAUAUUGAUGUCAAAGCACCUGAUGUUGACAUUAAAGGGCCAAAGGUUGACAUUGAGAGCCCAAGUGGCAAAUUCAAAGGCCCUAAAUUCAACAUGCCAUCAAUUUCAGGGCCAAAAUUAUCCAUGCCAGAUGUGGAUUUCAACUUGAAAGGCCCCAAACUGAAAGGUGACAUGGAUGUGUCAGCUCCAAAGAUAAAGGGAGACAUAAAAACACCAGAUCUUGACAUUAAGGGUCCAAAAGUUGACAUUGAAGGACCAAAGGGUGGAAUUGACAUGCCAAAAAUAAAGAUGCCAUCACUGAACAUUAAGGGUCCAAAAGUGGAGGCUCCAGAUGUGGACAUUAAUCUAAAAGGACCUAAAUUUGAAGGGGAUGUGGAUGUAAAAGCUCCAAAGAUCGAAGGGGGCAUCGAAGGUCCUGAGUUGGAACUUGAAGGCCCAGAUAUAGACAUUGAGGGUCACAAAGGAGGAUUCAAAAUGCCCAAGUUCAAAAUGCCAUCAUUUGGAGUUAAAGGUCCAAAGCUUGAAGGUCCAGAAGUUGACAUGAACCUCCCUAAAGGAAAUAUUGAUGUCAAAGCACCUGAUGUUGACAUUAAAGGGCCAAAGGUUGACAUUGAGAGCCCAAGUGGCAAAUUGAAAGGCCCUAAAUUCAACAUGCCAUCAAUUUCAGGGCCAAAAUUAUCCAUGCCAGAUGUGGAUUUCAACUUGAAAGGCCCCAAACUGAAAGGUGACAUGGAUGUGUCAGCUCCAAAGAUAAAGGGAGACAUAAAAACACCAGAUCUUGACAUUAAGGGUCCAAAAGUUGACAUUGAAGGACCAAAGGGUGGAAUUGACAUGCCAAAAAUAAAGAUGCCAUCACUGAACAUUAAGGGUCCAAAAGUGGAGGCUCCAGAUGUGGACAUUAAUCUAAAAGGACCUAAAUUUGAAGGGGAUGUGGAUGUAAAAGCUCCAAAGAUUGAAGGGGGCAUCGAAGGUCCUGAGUUGGAACUUGAAGGCCCAGAUAUAGACAUUGAGGGUCACAAAGGAGGAUUCAAAAUGCCCAAGUUCAAAAUGCCAUCAUUUGGAGUUAAAGGUCCAAAGCUUGAAGGUCCAGAAGUUGACAUGAACCUCCCUAAAGGAAAUAUUGAUGUCAAAGCACCUGAUGUUGACAUUAAAGGGCCAAAGGUUGACAUUGAGAGCCCAAGUGGCAAAUUCAAAGGCCCUAAAUUCAACAUGCCAUCAAUUUCAGGGCCAAAAUUAUCCAUGCCAGAUGUGGAUUUCAACUUGAAAGGCCCCAAACUCAAAGGUGACAUGGAUGUGUCAGCUCCAAAGAUAAAAGGAGACAUAAAAACACCAGAUCUUGACAUUAAGGGUCCCAAAGUUGACAUUGAAGGACCCAAGGGUGGAAUUGACAUGCCAAAAAUAAAGAUGCCAUCACUGAACAUUAAGGGUCCAAAAGUGGAGGCUCCAGAUGUGGACAUCAACCUAAAAGGACCUAAAUUUGAAGGGGAUAUGGAUGUAAAAGCUCCAAAGAUGGAAGGGAGCAUCGAAGGUCCUGAGUUGGAACUUGAAGGCCCAGAUAUAGACAUUGAGGGUCACAAAGGAGGAUUCAAAAUGCCCAAGUUCAAAAUGCCAUCAUUUGGAGUUAAAGGUCCAAAGCUUGAAGGUCCAGAAGUUGACAUGAACCUCCCUAAAGGAAAUAUUGAUGUCAAAGCACCUGAUGUUGACAUUAAAGGGCCAAAGGUUGACAUUGAGAGCCCAAGUGGCAAAUUCAAAGGCCCUAAAUUCAACAUGCCAUCAAUUUCAGGGCCAAAAUUAUCCAUGCCAGAUGUGGAUUUCAACUUGAAAGGGCCCAAACUGAAAGGUGACAUGGAUGUGUCAGCUCCAAAGAUAAAGGGAGACAUUAAAACACCAGAUCUUGACAUUAAGGGUCCAAAAGUUGACAUUGAAGGACCCAAGGGUGGAAUUGACAUGCCAAAAAUAAAGAUGCCAUCACUGAACAUUAAGGGUCCAAAAGUGGAGGCUCCAGAUGUGGACAUCAACCUUAAAGGACCUAAAUUUGAAGGGGAUGUGGAUGUAAAAGCUCCAAAGAUCGAAGGGAGCAUCGAAGGUCCUGAGUUGGAACUUGAAGGCCCAGAUAUAGACAUUGAGGGUCACAAAGGAGGAUUCAAAAUGCCCAAGUUCAAAAUGCCAUCAUUUGGAGUUAAAGGUCCAAAGCUUGAAGGUCCAGAAGUUGACAUCAACCUCCCUAAAGGAAAUAUUGAUGUCAAAGCACCUGAUGUUGACAUUAAAGGGCCAAAGGUUGACAUUGAGAGCCCAAGUGGCAAAUUCAAAGGCCCUAAAUUCAACAUGCCAUCAAUUUCAGGGCCAAAAUUAUCCAUGCCAGAUGUGGAUUUCAACUUGAAAGGCCCCAAACUGAAAGGUGACAUGGAUGUGUCAGCUCCAAAGAUAAAGGGAGACAUAAAAACACCAGAUCUUGACAUUAAGGGUCCAAAAGUUGACAUUGAAGGACCCAAGGGUGGAAUUGACAUGCCAAAAAUAAAGAUGCCAUCACUGAACAUUAAGGGUCCAAAAGUGGAGGCUCCAGAUGUGGACAUCAACCUUAAAGGACCUAAAUUUGAAGGGGAUGUGGAUGUAAAAGCUCCAAAGAUCGAAGGGAGCAUCGAAGGUCCUGAGUUGGAACUUGAAGGCCCAGAUAUAGACAUUGAGGGUCACAAAGGAGGAUUCAAAAUGCCCAAGUUCAAAAUGCCAUCAUUUGGAGUUAAAGGUCCAAAGCUUGAAGGCCCAGAAGUUGACAUCAACCUCCCUAAAGGAAAUAUUGAUGUCAAAGCACCUGAUGCUGAUAUUAAAGGGGCAAAUGUUGAUAUUGAGAGCUCAAGUGGCAAAUUCAAAGGACCCAAAUUCAACAUGCCAUCAAUUUCAGGGCCAAAAUUAUCCAUGCCAGAUGUGGAUUUCAACUUGAAAGGCCCCAAACUGAAAGGUGACAUGGAUGUGUCAGCUCCAAAGAUAAAGGGAGACAUAAAAACACCAGAUCUUGACAUUAAGGGUCCAAAAGUUGACAUUGAAGGACCAAAGGGUGGAAUUGACAUGCCAAAAAUAAAGAUGCCAUCACUGAACAUUAAGGGUCCAAAGGUGGAGGCUCCAGAUGUGGACAUCAACCUUAAAGGACCUAAAUUUGAAGGGGAUGUGGAUGUAAAAGCUCCAAAGAUUGAAGGGAGCAUCGAAGGUCCUGAGUUGGAACUUGAAGGCCCAGAUAUAGACAUUGAGGGUCACAAAGGAGGAUUCAAAAUGCCCAAGUUCAAAAUGCCAUCAUUUGGAGUUAAAGGUUCAAAGCUUGAAGGUCCAGAAGUUGACAUGAACCUCCCUAAAGGAAAUAUUGAUGUCAAAGCACCUGAUGUUGACAUUAAAGGGCCAAAUGUUGAUAUUGAGAGCCCAAGUGGCAAAUUCAAAGGACCCAAAUUCAACAUGCCAUCAAUUUCUGGGCCAAAAUUAUCCAUGCCAGAUGUGGAUUUCAACUUGAAAGGCCCCAAACUCAAAGGUGACAUGGAUGUGUCAGCUCCAAAGAUAAAGGGAGACAUAAAAACACCAGAUCUUGACAUUAAGGGUCCAAAAGUUGACAUUGAAGGACCCAAGGGUGGAAUUGACAUGCCAAAAAUAAAGAUGCCAUCACUGAACAUUAAGGGUCCAAAAGUGGAGGCUCCAGAUGUGGACAUCAACCUAAAAGGACCUAAAUUUGAAGGGGAUAUGGAUGUAAACGCUCCAAAGAUUGAAGGGAGCAUCGAAGGUCCUGAGUUGGAACUUGAAGGCCCAGAUAUAGACAUUGAGGGUCACAAAGGAGGAUUCAAAAUGCCCAAGUUCAAAAUGCCAUCAUUUGGAGUUAAAGGUCCAAAGCUUGAAGGUCCAGAAGUUGACAUGAACCUGCCUAAAGGAAAUAUUGAUGUCAAAGCACCUGAUGUUGACAUUAAAGGGCCAAAUGUUGAUAUUGAGAGCCCAAGUGGCAAAUUCAAAGGACCCAAAUUCAACAUGCCAUCAAUUUCAGGGCCAAAAUUAUCCAUGCCAGAUGUGGAUUUCAACUUGAAAGGCCCCAAACUGAAAGGUGACAUGGAUGUGUCAGCUCCAAAGAUAAAAGGAGACAUAAAAACACCAGAUCUUGACAUUAAGGGUCCAAAAGUUGACAUUGAAGGACCCAAGGGUGGAAUUGACAUGCCAAAAAUAAAGAUGCCAUCACUGAACAUUAAGGGUCCAAAAGUGGAGGCUCCAGAUGUGGACAUCAACCUUAAAGGACCUAAAUUUGAAGGGGAUGUGGAUGUAAAAGCUCCAAAGAUUGAAGGGAGCAUCGAAGGUCCUGAGUUGGAACUUGAAGGCCCAGAUAUAGACAUUGAGGGUCACAAAGGAGGAUUCAAAAUGCCCAAGUUCAAAAUGCCAUCAUUUGGAGUUAAAGGUCCAAAGCUUGAAGGUCCAGAAGUUGACAUGAACCUCCCUAAAGGAAAUAUUGAUGUCAAAGCACCUGAUGUUGACAUUAAAGGGCCAAAUGUUGACAUUGAGAGCCCAAGUGGCAAAUUCAAAGGACCCAAAUUCAACAUGCCAUCAAUUUCAGGGCCAAAAUUAUCCAUGCCAGAUGUGGAUUUCAACUUGAAAGGCCCCAAACUGAAAGGGGAUGUGGAUGUAAAAGCUCCAAAGGUUGAAGGGAGCAUCAAAGGUCCUGAGUUGGACCUUGAAGGCCCCGAUAUAGACAUUGAGGGUCAAAAAGGAGGAUUCAAAAUGCCCAAGUUUAAAAUGCCAAAAUUUGGAUUCAAAGGUCCAAAGGUAAAGAUCCCAGAUUCUGAUGUGAAAGGAGAACAUGGAGAUAUAAACAUAAGAGGAAAGGUUGGAAGCUCUGACGAACUCAGUGCUGACGUUGGAAUGACUAGUCCAAAAACAAAAGGAUCAAAAUUCAGGAUGCCAAAAUUUGGUUUCAAGGGCCCAAAGGUUGACAUGCCUGAAGUUGAUUUUAAUCUUUCAAAUUCUGAUGCUGAACUAAAACCACCAGAGGUCAGUGUUGAAGGAAUUGAAACAGACAUAGAAAGUCCAAGUGGCAAUCUUAAAGGAACCAAAUUCAAGAUGCCAACCCUCUCGGGACCAAAGAUUUCCAUGCCAGAUGUGGAUUUCAACUUGAAAGGGCCCAAACUGAAAGGUGACAUGGAUGUGUCAGCUCCAAAGAUAAAGGGAGACAUAAAAACACCAGAUAUUGACAUUAAGGGUCCAAAAGUUGACAUUGAAGGACCCAAGGGUGGAAUUGACAUGCCAAAAAUAAAGAUGCCAUCACUGAACAUUACGGGUCCAAAGGUGGAGGCUCCAGAUGUGGACAUCAACCUAAAAGGACCUAAGUUUGAAGGGGAUGUGGAUGUAAAAGCUCCAAAGAUCGAAGGGAGCAUCGAAGGUCCUGAGUUGGAACUUGAAGGCCCAGAUAUAGACAUUGAGGGUCUCAAAGGAGGAUUUAAGACGCCAAAGUUCAAAAUGCCAAAAUUUGGAGUUAAAGGUCCAAAACUUGAAGGUCCUGAGUUGGAUGUCAACCUCCCUAAGGGGCAUAUUGAUGUCACAGCACCUGAUGUUGACAUUGAGGGCCCAAAUGCCAAAUUAAAAGGACCCAAAUUCAACAUGCCAUCAAUUUCAGGGCCAAAAUUGUCCAUGCCAGAUGUGGACUUCAACUUGAAAGGCCCCAAACUGAAAGGUGACAUGGAUGUGUCAGCUCCAAAGAUAAAGGGAGACAUAAAAACACCAGAUAUUGACAUUAAGGGUCCAAAAGUUGACAUUGAAGGACCCAAGGGUGGAAUUGACAUGCCAAAAAUAAAGAUGCCAUCACUGAACAUUAAGGGUCCAAAAGUGGAGGCUCCAGAUGUGGACAUCAACCUUAAAGGACCUAAAUUUGAAGGGGAUGUGGAUGUAAAAGCUCCAAAGAUUGAAGGGAGCAUCGAAGGUCCUGAUUUGGAACUUGAAGGACCAGAUAUAGACAUUGAGGGUCACAAAGGAGGAUUCAAAAUGCCCAAGUUCAAAAUGCCAUCAUUUGGAGUUAAAGGUCCAAAGCUUGAAGGUCCAGAAGUUGAUAUGAACCUCCCUAAGGGAAACAUUGAUGUCAAAGCACCUGAUGUUGACAUUAAAGGGCCAAAUGUUGAUAUUGAGGGCCCAAAUGCCAAAUUCAAAGGCCCUAAAUUCAACAUGCCAUCAAUUUCUGGACCAAAAUUAUCGAUGCCGGAUAUGGAUUUUAACUUGAAAGGUCCCAAACUCAAAGGUGACCUGGAUGUGUCAGCUCCAAAGAUAAAGGGAGACAUAAAAACACCAGAUCUUGACAUUAAGGGUCCAGACCUUAACAUUGAAGGACCCAAGGGUGGAUUCGAAAUGCCAAAAAUAAAGAUGCCAUCACUGAACAUUAAGGGUCCAAAAGCGGAGGCUCCAGAUGUGGACAUCAAAUUAAAAGGACCUAAAGUUGAGGGGGAUGUGGAUGUAAAAGCUCCAAAGAUUAAAGGGAGCAUUGAAAGUCCUGAGUUGGAACUUGAAGGACCAGAUAUUGACAUUGAGGGUCACAAAGGAGGAUUCAAUAUGCCCAAGUUCAAAAUGCCAUCAUUUGGAGUUAAAGGUCCAAAACUUGAAGGUCCUGAGUUGGAUGUCAACCUCCCUAAGGGGCAUAUUGAUGUCACAGCACCUGAUGUUGACAUUGAGGGCCCAAAUGCCAAAUUCAAAGGACCCAAAUUCAACAUGCCAUCAAUUUCAGGUCCAAAAUUAUCCAUGCCAGAUGUGGAUUUCAACUUGAAAGGUCCCAAACUCAAAGGUGACAUGGAUGUGUCAGCUCCAAAGAUAAAGGGAGACAUAAAAACACCAGAUAUUGACAUUAAGGGUCCAAAAGUUGACAUUGAAGGACCCAAGGGUGGAAUUGACAUGCCAAAAAUAAAGAUGCCAUCACUGAACAUUAAGGGUCCAAAAGUAGAGGCUCCAGAUGUAGACAUCAAACUAAAAGGACCUAAAGUUGAGGGGGAUAUGGAUGUAAAAGCUCCAAAGAUGGAAGGGAGCAUCGAAGGUCCUGAUUUGGAACUUGAAGGACCAGAUAUAGACAUUGAGGGUCACAAAGGAGGAUUCAAAAUGCCCAAGUUCAAAAUGCCAUCAUUUGGAGUUAAAGGUCCAAAGCUUGAAGGUCCAGAAGUUGAUAUGAACCUCCCUAAGGGAAACAUUGAUGUCAAAGCACCUGAUGUUGACAUUAAAGGGCCAAAUGUUGAUAUUGAGGGCCCAAAUGCCAAAUUCAAAGGACCCAAAUUCAACAUGCCAUCAAUUUCUGGACCAAAAUUAUCGAUGCCGGAUAUGGAUUUUAACUUGAAAGGUCCCAAACUCAAAGGUGACCUGGAUGUGUCAGCUCCAAAGAUAAAGGGAGACAUAAAAACACCAGAUCUUGACAUUAAGGGUCCAGACCUUAACAUUGAAGGACCCAAGGGUGGAUUCGAAAUGCCAAAAAUAAAGAUGCCAUCACUGAACAUUAAGGGUCCAAAAGCGGAGGCUCCAGAUGUGGACAUCAAAUUAAAAGGACCUAAAGUUGAGGGGGAUGUGGAUGUAAAAGCUCCAAAGAUUAAAGGGAGCAUUGAAAGUCCUGAGUUGGAACUUGAAGGACCAGAUAUUGACAUUGAGGGUCACAAAGGAGGAUUCAAUAUGCCCAAGUUCAAAAUGCCAUCAUUUGGAGUUAAAGGUCCAAAACUUGAAGGUCCUGAGUUGGAUGUCAACCUCCCUAAGGGGCAUAUUGAUGUCACAGCACCUGAUGUUGAUAUUGAGGGCCCAAAUGCCAAAUUAAAAGGACCCAAAUUCAACAUGCCAUCAAUUUCAGGUCCAAAAUUAUCCAUGCCAAAUGUGGAUUUCAACUUGAAAGGUCCCAAACUCAAAGGUGACAUGGAUGUGUCAGCUCCAAAGAUAAAGGGAGACAUAAAAACACCAGAUCUUGACAUUAAGGGUCCAAAAGUUGACAUUGAAGGACCCAAGGGUGGAAUUGACAUGCCAAAAAUAAAGAUGCCAUCACUGAACAUUAAGGGUCCAAAAGUAGAGGCUCCAGAUGUAGACAUCAAACUAAAAGGACCUAAAGUUGAGGGGGAUGUGGAUGUAAAAGCUCCAAAGAUGGAAGGGAGCAUCGAAGGUCCUGAUUUGGAACUUGAAGGACCAGAUAUAGACAUUGAGGGUCACAAAGGAGGAUUCAAAAUGCCCAAGUUCAAAAUGCCAUCAUUUGGAGUUAAAGGUCCAAAGCUUGAAGGUCCAGAAGUUGAUAUGAACCUCCCUAAGGGAAACUUUGAUGUCAAUGCACCUGAUGUUGACAUUAAAGGGCCAAAUGUUGAUAUUGAGGGCCCAAAUGCCAAAUUCAAAGGACCCAAAUUCAACAUGCCAUCAAUUUCUGGACCAAAAUUAUCGAUGCCGGAUACGGAUUUUAACUUGAAAGGUCCCAAACUCAAAGGUGACCUGGAUGUGUCAGUUCCAAAGAUAAAGGGAGACAUAAAAACACCAGAUCUUGACAUUAAGGGUCCAGACCUUAACAUUGAAGGACCCAAGGGUGGAUUCGAAAUGCCAAAAAUAAAGAUGCCAUCACUGAACAUUAAGGGUCCAAAAGCGGAGGCUCCAGAUGUGGACAUCAAAUUAAAAGGACCUAAAGUUGAGGGGGAUGUGGAUGUAAAGGCUCCAAAGAUUAAAGGGAGCUUUGAAAGUCCUGAGUUGGAACUUGAAGGACCAGAUAUUGACAUUGAGGGUCACAAAGGAGGAUUCAAUAUGCCCAAGUUCAAAAUGCCAUCAUUUGGAGUUAAAGGUCCAAAACUUGAAGGUCCUGAGUUGGAUGUCAACCUCCCUAAGGGGCAUAUUGAUGUCACAGCACCUGAUGUUGACAUUGAGGGCCCAAAUGCCAAAUUAAAAGGACCCAAAUUCAACAUGCCAUCAAUUUCAGGUCCAAAAUUAUCCAUGCCAGAUGUGGAUUUCAACUUGAAAGGUCCCAAACUGAAAGGUGACAUGGAUGUGUCAGCUCCAAAGAUAAAGGGAGACAUAAAAACACCAGAUAUUGACAUUAAGGGUCCAAAAGUUGACAUUGAAGGACCCAAGGGUGGAAUUGACAUGCCAAAAAUAAAGAUGCCAUCACUGAACAUUAAGGGUCCAAAAGUGGAGGCUCCAGAUGUGGACAUCAACCUAAAAGGACCGAAAGUUGAGGGGGAUGUGGAUGUAAAAGCUCCAAAGGUUAAAGGGAGCAUUGAAAGUCCUGAGUUGGAACUUGAAGGCCCAGAUAUAGACAUUGAGGGUCACAAAGGAGGAUUCAAUAUGCCCAAGUUCAAAAUGCCAUCAUUUGGAGUUAAAGGUCCAAAACUUGAAGGUCCUGAGUUGGAUGUCAACCUCCCUAAGGGGCAUAUUGAUGUCACAGCACCUGAUGUUGAUAUUGAGGGCCCAAAUGCCAAAUUAAAAGGACCCAAAUUCAACAUGCCAUCAAUUUCAGGGCCAAAAUUAUCCAUGCCAGAUGUGGACUUCAACUUGAAAGGUCCCAAACUCAAAGGUGACAUGGAUGUGUCAGCUCCAAAGAUAAAGGGAGACAUAAAAACACCAGAUCUUGACAUUAAGGGUCCAAAAGUUGACAUUGAAGGACCCAAGGGUGGAAUUGACAUGCCAAAAAUAAAGAUGCCAUCACUGAACAUUAAGGGUCCAAAAGUGGAGGCUCCAGAUGUGGACAUCAGUCUUAAAGGUCCAAAAGUAAAAGGAGAUGUUGAUGUUUCAGCUUCAAAGACAAAGGGAGAUAUAAAAGUUCCUGACAUUGAUAUCAAGAGCCCAAAUAUUGAUAUCAAUUUGAAAGGUCCCAAUGCUUCCCUCCCCCAUGAUUCUGAAAAAACAGGUAUUACGUUUCCUAAGUUUAAAGGUCCUAAAUUUACAAUGAAAUCUCCAGAACUUGAAGGGCCUGAAUCCACUGUUAACACACCUGCUUUUGGUGUUGGAACCAAAGGUUCCAAAACACAAGUUAGCUUUCCAGAUACUGAAGCAAGUCUUGAUGCCCCUGACAUAGAUAUUAAUGUAAAGGGGAAAAAGGGAAAGUUUAAACUUACUAAAGUGAAAGGAAAAGCCAAGAAUCCAGAGGUUGACAUUGAAACACCAGAAGUAAACCUGGGUGAUCCUAACAUCAAUGUCAAAAGAACAAAAGUAAAGAAGCCUUUUUUUGGAAAGCUACAUUUCCCUGAUGUUGAGCUGGAUAUCAAAUCACCAAAAGUGAAAAGUGAUGCAUCUUUAUCUUCGGGAUUGAAAUCAUCUGAUUUAGAUUUGCCAUCUGCUAGUUUGAACACUUCCAUUGAAGGUUCUGGCACUGAUGGUGGCACGCGUGUUCAUUUGGAAGGGCCAGAUGUGAAAGUAAAAUCUUCAAGUCCAAAAAUGCCAAGUGUGAAAGAGGGUCUAGAAAUUAGUGCAAGCGAGUCUGGAAGUGCCACUGGAGGUCUUCAGUAUCCAGAGGGUGCAAUAACCUUUCCUAAAAUCAAGGUUCCAAAAUUUGGUAUUUUAUUGCCUGACGCUGAAGGCCAGAAAAGUGGAGGAAAUGUUGAAUCAAAACUAGCAGCUAGUGGAGAUAUAAACAUUCACUCACCAUCAGGCAGUUGCCAAGUCAGUUCACAAAAUCUUGAGAUUCCCAGUCCAGAACUGAGACAUCGUGAAGGCAAAGUAAAGGUAAAGAUGCCAAAAUUGUUUGGUAAAUCAAAAGCAAAGGGCAGUAGUACAAGUGAUCUUCGUGGACCUGAAUCAGAACUGAGUGCAAGUGGAAAGGGGAGUAAGGCCUCUAAAGAACAUAGUAUACAUUCUGGUGAACUUAUGGGAGGACAAUUAGAUCUGGAAGGUAAUUCUGGACUCAGUGCGUCAACUAAAGGCAAGUCAGCCUCACUAGAUCUGUUUAAAAAAUCAAGACACCGGUCUUCAUCUCUGAGUGAUGAGGGGUCACUUGCAGUUAGUUCUCCUUCUGCUCACUUAGAAGCUGAAGGUGGUGACAUUUCAUUGGAUCUUGGGAAAAGCAAGGCCAAAGGAAAGAAAGGCAUGCUAAAGUUUGGCACAUUUGGAGGUUUUGGUUCGAAGUCAAAGGGCUCAUAUGAAGUGACACUUGGAAAUGACAGUGAAUCAGGUAUGGAGGGAAGUGCAAGUAUGUCUGUACCUUCUAAAAAAUCAAGACUGUCUUCUUCCUCGAGUAGUGACAGUGGUUCAAGAGGUGGUUUCAGGUUUCCAAAACUUGAGUUGUCAGUUUCACCUAAAAAGUGAUUUUGAGGCAAAAUAAACUAUCUCAUGUACACUCAAAAAUAUCCUCUGAAUUCCAUAAAAUAAACUUUCAAACUUUGAUUCUUAAAGACCUAAGAGGGACAUGCAUGGUUAAAAAGGCCUGAGUGCAUGAGAUUGUUUAAAAUUAGUUUAAACUGUAAAUAAGAUUAAUUUGUAUUGUAAUAAUAAAUAUUGCUUUUGUACAUAAUACAGAUUUAUUGAACAUAUGCCAUCUCACAAAAUUAUCACCAUUAGUUGUUACAGGGUUUGUCGCUGUGUCGUGUUUCAUUGUAUUAAAUGAAUGUUUAAUAUGAAUGGGUGUGGUAUAUUUGUAUCUAGGGGUCUAUUGCACAGAACAGACACAUUAGUUAUUUUGAUCCAUUUUUGAGUGAUGAUGUUCUUUAUAAAUCCAAGCACACAUUUAAACAGUUAAUUUUUUAUGUAUGAAAAGGUGUUAUUUUUAAGCUUUGAUAAUAUAUAAUCUUUGUAGAAGCAUAUUUUCAAAAGAUAGAGCUGGUCCUUUUUAACACAUUCUAAAGAAUGAUGGUGUAUAUAGCAUAAUUGCAAAGACAAUCAUUUUUUGGAAAUUCUCUGAAGAGCUGCAAGUACUUUUCUGUUCAUUUAAAAUGUAUUUGCUUACAUCCAAUGUCAUUUACAACAAAUAUGAAUUAGCAUUGUUUAUUUUAAACAGGUUUCUCAAUCCUGUGUCAUUUUCACAGUUUACUGAUCUUCUCUAUUUUGAUUCAUUUUGUCACUCUCUCUGUAUACAUCUAUUGCUUACUUAAAGAAAUGCCACAAAUAAACUGUCACUUUUUUAUGUCAUUUAUUUGCAUAAGUUCUGUGAUGAUAGAAAGCUUCAUAGCAUUGAUCAGAUAUGAUGGAGAGUUUUAUUUUUUGAGUCUGUACUUUUGUGUGCAUUCUGCCAAAUAAACUCAAUAAAGAGAUUUACAGAAUAAAUCUUCUUUCUGGA